AUGGUAGAGCUUAUUUAUCAUUUUGUGACGCUUCAACAUGGUUAUUACGGCACCGCCAAGGACCUCAGUUACUUUGUCGAACUCCUGCGUCGGGAGACGUCGUCGUCUAAUACCUUCGUCAUUUUAGAGCCGACGGUGAAUUCUUGGAAUCGCACAGGGGAUGGGAUUAUGGAAUGUGGUGAAAGAGUAGCAAACUACGUCAUGAAGAGGGUAGAGGACGCUUUAGCGCCAUUGGAUCCAACUGAGAUUGAGGUUGGUACAUCUUCAGUGACAGAAGAUAAAGGUGAAGGGGUAUCUUGCGGCGGCAGAAGCACACGAACGGCCUCGACCGCACAUUUGCAUUUUAGCUUUGUAGCUCAUUCCAUGGGGGGGCUUAUCAUCCGCGCAGCGCUUCCACUCCUCGCGGCCUCUCUGCGUAAAAGGUAUGACUGUCGAUUCCCUUUUGAAGUUCCUGGGGCAGACAGUUUUAUAAAGGGCAACGACCCCCACAAGAGCUUUGUUGAAGUAUACUGGGAAACAUUCUGCACAAUCGCAGCCCCUCAUGUCGGUGUUGCCCAGAUGCCCUCGCGCCUAAAGCGGUGGGUGGUGGACCAGUUUGUACCCUUGUCCUCUACUCUGCGCGACAUGUUUCUGGUUUCCGACACACUGAUCGAUAUUCUCCUGCAGGACCCUUACUUGGAUAUCUGGAAGGCCUUUAAGCGGCGCAUUCUCGUGGGCGUUCUGGGAGACCAAACGGUCAUGGCAUACAGCUCUGUGUUUUGCGUUUUACCAACGGACCAGGGGUCGCUUCGGGUGCACAGUCAGAUAGGAAAGGAAGAGGAUCCCUCAAACCAUUCUUCUAGAGAUAGUGCAGCCGCGAUGUUACCGGUGGUUUCGACGCGGGAGGAGUUGCCAUCGGCCUUGACCUCUACGCUGCGCGAACUCACUCCGGAGCGGUGGCCGGUGGACAUCUUACCACGCGAGCGGGACAUCGCAGCGCGCAUCAUCGAGCGCGUGGGGCCUUUUGAGCACUGUCUUGUGGAUUUCCAGGCACGUCUGGUGAAGCACUUUAAAGGUGGCGGGUUCUGGAGUCGUUUGGGAGCGCGUCGAUUUGGACAUCGCGCUGUUAUUUGCAAAUACCCUUGUAAUAAUCGAGAGAUCUUUGGUUUCUUGUGCGAGCAUAUUGCCGAAGAUGUGCUGAUUCAAGCAGUUGAACAAGCAUGUCCUUCGGAUGAACUGACCUUGGCUGCGUGA